GACUCCAACGUUGUGACACGAGAUGAUCGUCGUUAUUAUUAUUAAUAUGGAGUGUGUGAGUUGGUGUUGAAGUCUCUAGUCGUGUCACAGCUAGAAAUGAGAGAGGUUUAAUGUGUUUUCCGGGUUCAGGUGUAGAGGCGUGGAGAAGGUGUGUGUGUGUGUGUGUGUGUUUGUAUUUUUAUAACAAAACCGAAGCAUUACACACACAGCGAGUAAACUAAUGACUCGAUAGCUGGUGUACACUUGUAGUUAAACACUACUUUCUCUGCUGGAAGUGUGUGUGUGUGAAAUUUAGUGUUUAUUCAUUUUUCAUAUGAGUUCUGGGAUUUUUGUCGUGUGUUUGUACAAGUUGUCAGGGAUUUGUGCGUCUUAUUUUGUUUAGCAGUUGGGAGAUGAAUGAAUUGUUUUUGUACUUUAUUUUAUUGUGUGUGUGACAUGGAGAGACAGUUACUCUGAGGUUUUCUUAUCUGUACAGUACAGCUGCUUGUUAGUACCUCCCUCCAGGCUGCUAUCUGUAUUGACACUUUCCUGCCACUAAAGUGAAAAAGAGUCAGAAACUCUUCAACACCAUCACCGUUUGUCCAGAUCAAGGACCAUCUCUCGUGUCAAAACAAGAACAUUUCUCUUGCCGAAGUUGUGUGUUUGAGUCAUGCAGCAGCGGCCUCUGCUGAAGUCCGAGGACAAAACCGGGGAGUUUGGUGAACGGGGUCUGGACCUUCCUGUUACACGAGCAGAGCGUUGGACAUCGUGGAGUGACGGGGCGGAACUUCCUGUACUGACUCAGCCCGGUCUCGGAGUAACGACCAGCACGGUGACCACCAUCACACAGACGGGGGGAGACUGGAGUACGGGUCUGUUCGAUGUGUGUGACGACGUCAGCACCUGUUUAAUGGGAGUCUUUAUUCCGUGUUGUCUGGAUGUGAGUUUGGCUCAUCAGUAUGGAGAGAGUUUGUGUCUGCCUCUGUUACCUGCCUCCACUUUUGCCAUGCGGGUCGCCAUCAGAGAACGCUUUAAAAUCAGGGGCAGUGUGUGUGACGACUGGGUGACGGUUUUCUGCUGCUAUCCUCUCGCUGUGUGUCAGAUGAUGCGGGAGAUGAAGAAGAGGCUGAAGAGACAGACGUACACCGUUACCACUACACUGGAGAGCUGCUGAGAGACUGUGUGUGUGUGUGUGUGUGUGUUUGAGAAACCAGACUGAAAAUGGAACCUGUCGUCUCCUGGGUGACUCCGGAUGGUGUGAUUAUUAUAAAUAGUCAGUAUGCAGGUGUAGAGUCAUAUGAUGAAAACAGAGACUAAAGCAAUACGAUAUGGUGCACAAGUCCAGAGGAAGUGUGUGUGCGUGAGUGUGAGUGUAAGUGAGAGUGUGAGCCUGACUGAGUGUGUGAGUGAGAGUGUGUGUGUGUGUGUAAGUAUGUGUGAGUGUAAAUGUGUGUGUGUGUGUGUGUGUAAGUGUAAGUCUAAGUGAGAGUGUGAGCCUGACUGAGUGAGUGUGUGUAAGUAUGUGUGAGUGUAAAUGUGUGUGAGUGAGAGUGUGUGUGUGUGUGUGAGUGUGUGUGUGUGUGUGUGUGGGAGUGUGUGAGUGAGUGUAAGUGAGAGUGUGAGCCUGAUUGAGUGUGUGUGUGAAUGUGUGUGAGUAUGUGUGAAUGUGUGUGUGUGUGUGUGUGAGUAAGUGUGAAUGUGUGUGUGUGUGAAUAUGUGUGUGAAUGUGUGUGAGUAUGUGUGAGUGUGUGUGUGAAUGUGUGUGUGAGUGUGUGUGUGAGUAUGUGUGUGAAUGUGUGUGAGUAUGUGUGAGUGUGCGAGUGAGUGUAAGUGAGAGUGAGCCUGAUUGAGUGUGUGUGUGUAUGAGUAUGUGUGUGUGUGUGUGUGUGUGGGAGUGUGAGUGUGCGAGUGAGUGUGAGUGUAAUUGAGAGUGAGCCUGAUUGAGUGUGUGUGUGAAUGUGUGUGUGAGUUAGUGUGAGUGGGUGUGUGUGUGUGUGCGAGUGAGUGUGAGUGUAAGUGAGAGUGUGAGCCUGAUUGAGUGUGUGUGUGAAUGUGUGUGAGUAUGUGUGAGUAUGUGUGAAUGUGUGUGAGUGUGUGUGUGUGAGUAAGUGUGAAUGUGUGUGUGUGUGUGUGAGUAUGUGUGUGAAUGUGUGUAUGUGUGAGUGUGUGAAUGUGUGUGUGAGUGUGUGUGUGAGUAUGUGUGUGAAUGUGUGUGAGUAUGUGUGUGUGUGUGUGUAUGAGUAUGUGAGUAUGUGUGUGUGUGUGUGUAUGAGUAUGUGUGUGUGUGUGAGUGUGUGUGUGAGUAUGUGUGUGAAUGUGUGUGAGUAUGUGUGUGUGUGUGUGUGUAUGAGUAUGUGUGUGUGUGUAUGAGUAUGUGUGUGUGUGUGUGUAUGAGUAUGUGAGUAUGUGUGUGUGUGUGUGUAUGAGUAUGUGUGUGAGUGUGUGUGUGAGUAUGUGUGUGAGUGUGUGUGUGAGUAUGUGUGUGAAUGUGUGUGAGUAUGUGUGUGUGUGUGUGUAUGAGUGUGUGUGUGUGUGUGAGAUUGAGUAUGAAAAACCCUUCACUGGAACACAGAGCUGGUUGAUUUUGCUCAGUCUUUCAUUAAAAUAAGGUGAUUUGUGGAAUUAGACACACAUUCCAAAAUGUCCAAGAAACCUUUUAUUCCUCUCAUGAACACUGACCUGGUCAGCUGGUCACCUUCUGAUUCAGCUCUGUGUUUAUAAUACAAUUUCACACACACACACACACACACUUCUUCUCCUUUCUGGACUAAAAUAAAAGAAUUUCUAACCCUAUUUUAACCCUUUCAUCACCCCUCCACUGCUCCAUGCUGCUGCUGUGACGGAAAUAGACUCUUUUUAAUCAGUAUAAAGAACUGAGUGAUGUUCAGGCUAUGAGUCUGAUAUAAAAUGAGUCAGGAAUCUGUUGGCUUUCAGUGUCAGAGAGCAGAAAUGGGUCUGAUAUCACCGAAUCCAAACAUUUUUAAACUUUUCUAUGAGUAAGAGUGGAAUUAUUUUAAGUUUUGUUAACAAAAUAUUCUGUAUUUAUGAAUGGACUUUUAAUUGUACUGGGAAGAUUCUAAGACAAACCCCGAGUCGGGACCCUCGGGUGGGUCGCAGAUAUAACUUAAGAAAAAUGUUCUAAUUCAUGAAAUUUUAAUAAUAAUAAAACAACAACAAGAAGUAUAAUAACUUUGAAUAGAAUCACAUUUAAAAAAAAAACACUGUGGGGCUAUGAAUGAAGAGCUCUUCAUGGUCUCUGUGUUUUAUUUUGGUUUUUCAUCCUCCUUAACACCCACAGCUAUUACAGAUAUAUUACCCCUAGUAGGCUACUUAUGAAACACUACAAAUUCUUAAUGUCCUCAGUGUCUACUUUCAUAUGAGCUUCAUAUUAACCACCACUGUGGAGUGAGACAUGACAAAGACAUUCAAUCAUCAACAUGGACACUAGAAAAACAGGAGAAAUGACCGUUUCUGACCUCCAAGAAAAAGAGAGAAAGGUGGAGAUGAGAAUUUCAACAUCAACAUCGUACAUGUACUGAGAUUUAAAUAUUGACCUUGAAGUAGUGCUUAAUAUUUUGCUUUAUUUGGUUAAAAUGUACAGAACUUUUUCCUUCUUUUUCUUUCUUUUGCUGCUGAAUCUAGUCAUACACACAGAAAUCAGUGCAAACUACAAGCUUCUUCCCAGCUCCAGCGUUCCUCUGCUGGAUUCCCCGAAUAAGGAGCAUCACAGGGACUGCCUCAUUUGCUGCCCUUGUGUGUAGAUGAUUAUUUUUUUGGUUUUGUGUAGAGUUUUAAACCAGAAUUUUUAGGAUGAUUUAGAUUAGACCCAGUUAAUUAUUGGGUUAGCAAUGAAGGGUCAAAAUGCUAAUCCACAUGCAUGGUCACUAUAGUGCCCCCUAUAUGUGAAUAGUCUGUGUAUAACAUAAUAUCCAUCCAUUUUCUAUACCUGCUUUAUUCCUAAUUAGGAUCACGGGGAUCUGCUGGAGCCUAUCCCAGCACACACUGGGCAAAAGGCAGGGGUACACCCUGGACAGGGCCACACAUAUAAACAGACAAACACACACACUGACACUCACUCCUAUGGGCAAUUUAGAAUUACCAAUCAACCUAAUGUACAUGUUUUUGGACUGUGGGAGGAAACCAGAGUACCUGGGGUAAACCCACGCAGGCACAGGGAGAACAUGCAAACUCCUGUUCGAACCCGGGAUACUGUCAUACUGCUGCUAUCUGUCUUGCACCUUACAAAUGCCUUUAUACUCAGAACUACUGACCGUUUACAUUUAUUGGAUGUAUAUUUGCACCUUAUGUAUAAUGGACCUUUGGAAAUAUAUUUGUAUAUUAACAGAAUUCACAGUUUACAUUUACUCAGAUGUAUAUUCAUUCAGAUGUUUACAAGAUCUCGGUUUAUUUAUAUCUGUUUAUUACAAGUACACUGCUGUACACAAAAAUCUGUUUCUAUAUUGCACUGACCGCACUGACAAUGUAAACACUUGAUGAGAGAGAAGAGAAAUUCUCUGUAUGUCUGCAUACUGGUGGCGUUGACAAAUAAAAACCUUGAACCUUGAACCUUUAAAAUGACACAUCAUACUCUGAAUGGUUGUACCAAAUAAAAUUUUUAAUUCAUGUAGCAAAUAUCGUUGCUUAUCGAAUAUAAUUGCUAGUUAAAUUCGCGUGUAUGUAGUUUUGAACUGGAAAAUAAUGAUGAAAUGACCUUUCACAUUUUUCCU